AUGUUACAGUACAGAGAGGACUCGCCCAAUAGUGCCGAAUUGAGUAAUUCCAUGGGGCCACUCCAUUCAUCGUGAUUGGCAAUCAUGCAAUCACGCAAUCACGCGAUCACGACA